ACUUGAUGACUUGGAGGAGAUUUUUAAGCAUGAUCAACUAGGCGUCAAUAACAUGCACUCAUACAUUCGGUUGUUGUAUGACAGAGUGUUGCGCGGGACUCCGUUGUCUAACAGAUUCCGUUUCGUGUCUUCCGCCCACUGCAGCGGAAUGGCAAUUGAUUCGGAACCGGAAUCAGUUAGACAGCGCUUAGUAGAUAGAUUCAUGUCCACCGGCAAUACAGAAUGUCUGCAUCUUUGGGCGUAUAAUACCCGACCAGUAGGAGCACACUGGUUGCUGCUUGCUAUCAACCCUAUAAGGGAAGUCGUGUAUUAUCUGAAUUCGGUAAAUGGUGAAUGGACCAAUUAUCCGGCCAUGAAGGACAUCGUUGAUUUAUCAAUACAAGUGUUCCGAAGUCAACGGGACGCACAGGUAUCCCGAACUAAAUCUAGCAACAUUACUUGGAUCCAAGUGCAGUGUCCGCAACAGAAAAACAGUUACGAUUGCGGAUACUUUGUAUUGAGGUUUAUGAAAGAAAUCCUUCAGGCAAAUCAAUUAGAGAUUCCGCUCACGUACCUUGACGAAUUCCGUGCCGCUGGAUACCCGAGACUUAAGUUGGAAGAAAUAAAAGAGGAUUUGUGUCAUUUUUAUAUUAAGCGCUUUUUCAUGUAGGAUUUGUGUCGAAUUGAAGUACUAUAAUAUUAUUGAUGUUGUAAUGAUGUAUAUAUAUAAUUUUGGAUAUUAUAAUGGUAUUAUAUUAGUAUAUAUAUAUAUUGAAUCUACUGAU